GGUGAGAGAAGAGCAGGUGUGAUCAAACAGAAUCCAUAAAUCAUGACAAUAGUCAUGAUUUAUGCCUGUCUCAGGCAGUGUUGAAGUGCACCUUUAUCACAGACACAGCAUCAUCUCCAUCAUCAUCAUCACCAUACAGAUGAUGUAAUGACCUCUUACCAGCUCAGUGCAUGUUAUUUGAUUCACAUAACUCGAGAGGAAGAAACGCUUUUAUGAGCUGUAUCGUCCUCUCAUCAUCUUAUUCAUCAUUUCAAUCAUUUCCAGGCUCUAAUAAUAUAAACUAAUACUGGGGAACUCACCGGAUCAAGUACCAGAUAUACAGUUAGAGUUGUUUACACAAAUAAAAAAAAAAAGAAAAGAAAAUGAAUGAGUCAAUACUUAAAGAUGAAAACACUGCCUCCUAGCGUCAAUUUGUGUUAAUACCACCAAAUCCAUGAAGGACAGAGUGAUAAAUGAGUUCAGUUUUUGUCAAGAUUAAUAGAUAUAUUGCAGAAUAUUUAUUUGCUGAAAUAGUUUGUUUGAAUUUUUCUCUUAUUUAAAGAUCAAGUCAUCACUCUGGUCACUUCAGGCAUUUAUUCAUUGUUUGCAAAAUCCAAACCAAACAAAACCAAAUACAAGUUAUUAAUGUGGAGUGAAUACAAAUGUUUACAGCAUGUUCUGUGUUGCAGAGAUGGUGAUUAGAAAAAAGGUGGCAGUGUUUACAGUCACUUCUGGUCAUUUUCACACUCAUUGUGGCUUUUAUGUUAGUUCCUGAUUUUACAUCUUUUUUUGAACACUUCUUUAAAAACCUCACAGCCAAAGAACUGACUGCUCGACAAACAUCAUGAAAAUACUCCCUUAAACUUCACUCUCUUUCGACAAAGAUGGCUGGGACUCUGACUUUUCUUCUCGUUUGUUCUCUGCUGCAGGGUGCUCUGUGUGAAAAGUGGCCAGUCAAAAUGCCACAGAAUAUAAAUGUCUUGAGAGGAUCCUGUGUGACCAUCCCCUGCUCCUUUGAUAUAGAGAACAAGCAUGAAAAUGACUUAGGUCAUACAUGUAAAGCAUAUUGGACUUAUUCACAUCCAAUUAGUGGUGAAAAUGCAAAACUAAAGCCAACUAAAGACAUGACAGGAGAUCUAACAAAGAAAGACUGCACCACAACUUUCAAUAAUACACGUCUCCUUCAAAGUACUAAAUAUUACUUCAGACUGGAGUGUAAUAAUGACCUGAAAUUCACUUUUACACAAGCUGGUGUGGAUAUUUCAGUAAAAGAUGAUCCUCCCUCUCCGACUCUGACUCCAUCCACACUGGAGGUGAAGGAGGGAACCUCAGUGAGUCUGACGUGCUCUGCUCCAGCUCCAUGUUGGUCUCAUCCUCCAGCUCUGACAUGGACCCCUAACCUGGGUCAGAGUCAGGAGACACUGCAGGAGAAUCAGGACAAAACUAAAGUCAAGUCCUCGGUUAUGAAUUUCACUGCUUCUCACCUCCAUCAUGGAAAUAAAAUCUCCUGCACUGCUGUCUACAGGAAACAAGAUGGUAGCCCUAAUGUCACUGCUGAAACAAGUUUAAUUCCUGUUAUUUCAUAUUCACCGAAAAACAUCACAGUUUCAGUCAGUCCCUCUGGUCCAGUACCAGAGAACAGCAACAUGACUCUGACCUGCAGCAGUAAUGCCAACCCAGCAGUAGAAAACUACACCUGGUACAGAGCUGAUGGAGACCAGGAGGCUCUCAUUGGGACUGGAAGCUCUUUUAAUGUUGCUGUUUCAAAAGUCAAAAGUACAUUUUUCUGCAAGGCUACAAAUGCACUUGGAUGUGAACGAUCAAGAAACCUACAAAUACAUGUUCAAUAUUCACCUAAAAAUAUCACAGUUUCAGUCAGUCCUUCUGGUCCAGUACCAGAGAACAGCAAUGUGACUCUGACCUGCAGCAGUAAUGCCAACCCAGCAGUAGAAAACUACGUGUGGUUCAGAGCUGAUGGAGACCAGGAGAAUUUUAUUGGGACAGGAAUGAGUUUAAAUAUUAAAGUCUCCAGAGACAGAAGAAGAUUUUUCUGCAAGGCUGAAAAUGAGAUCGGAGUUGGACGUUCCAACCUGACUCACCUUGAUGUUCAGUAUUGUGAAACACAUUGUGGAUUUUACAGUGGAGUCCUUCCUUGGGUCCUUGCUGGUGUGUUUUUCAGUAUCAGUGUGAUCUGUGCAGCUUUCCUUUGUAAAGUACAAAAGAAUGUGAAGCCACAAGAAGAGGACAGAACUUACAUGUCGCUGAAUCGUAGAAAUGUCGGCUCUUCAGAGUAUGAUGUCAUUAACACAGCUCCAAAGUGACCUUCACUGA